AUGCCGUCUUUCAUCGCGCUGAAUCCGUCAUCACCAUCUCUAUCCAUCUUCGAGGAGAAAAAAUUACCCAGCCAGUUGUUAUCAAUGCCGACGGCAGAGCCGUAUCUUUCUGCUGUUCAACAAGCAGACACUCGUGCACGCAGUCACGAUAACUCCUCUGUAGCAUCAACCCCUGCACUUUCCCCCUCGCCUUCCAUCACAGCUUCCUCCGAGGACAACGCCCUCAGCGAGGACGAUGAAAACAACUUCCUUGUAUACCCCCUUACACCGCCUACCUCCGAGCAGGUCUUCACUACCGCUCACACAGAGUUUGGUCACUGUACGAAUGAGGCAUAUCGUUGCGUCUCUAAGCAUGACUACACGAAGCCUUUCGAGGAGCAAGCUAUCGAGGAGCCCCCAUACUAUAUUUUCCUUGCCACACACAUAAGCUUUUUCAUUCUUCACUUGUUAGGUCAUAUGCGCGACUUCUUUGGAAAGCGGUUUGCGAAGUCUUAUUUCGCCCACCUUAUGCCCCAGAAUGGUUACGCGCCGCUGAACACAAAUUUUGAUUCGUUCUACACUCGGCGGCUCAGGGGUCGUAUGACUGACUGCCUGUGCCAGCCUGUUACGGGUGUUCCUGGCCGCACUAUUGUUAUCCUCGACCGCCACUCCACAGAUAAUAACUACACUCAGAUCUUUACUGGUGGCAAGACGCGUGCGCUGAACAUCUCAUCGUAUAACUACCUUGGCUUCUCCCAGAGCCGUGGCGGCUGUUCAAAUGCAGUCAAGGAAAGCAUACGCCGAUGUGGCGUCUCCACCUGUGGCACACGUCUAGAGAGUGGGAGCUCCGAGCUCCAUGCAUCUGCUGAAGCCCUUGUUGCGCGUUUUGUCGGCAUGGAAGAUGCGUUGAUCAGCUCUAUGGGAUUCGCCACCAACUCCACUUUCAUCCCUGCACUGGUGGGAAAAGGGUCCUUGAUCAUCUCAGACGAGCUGAACCACGCUAGUAUUCGCAUCGGUGCACGACAGAGUGGUGCACACGUCCGGGUAUUCAAGCACAAUGAUAUGUCAAGCCUUGAGUCCCUGCUGCGUGAGGUAAUAAGUCAGGGUCAGCCCAAGACGCAUCGUGCGUGGAAGAAGGUCUUGGUCAUCGUCGAGGGUUUGUACUCCAUGGAAGGCACGGUCGUGAACCUGCCUAAGAUUGUCGAGCUAAAACAGAUCUAUAAGUUCUACCUUUACAUCGACGAGGCGCACUCGAUCGGUGCGCUUGGUCCUCAUGGACGAGGUGUAACGGACUACUUCGACAUCCCUCCUAGUUCGAUUGAUGUCUUAAUGGGCACUUUCACCAAGUCCUUUGGUGCUGCUGGUGGAUACAUCGCAGGGCAGAAAACCCUUAUUGAUUGUCUCCGAUUGCGCGGUCACUCCGGCCCAUAUGCAGAAGCGAUUUCACCCCCCGUGCUCGCCCAGAUUAUUGCCUCGAUGGCCAGUAUCAUGGGUGUUGCUUUUGCACCACAACCAACCAAUUCCAAGCUUUCCCUCAACCCUGUGGGCUCGAUCGUCAUGCCGAGAGACAAUGCAAAAGAGCUUUUAGGUAUGGUACCUGUAAGCGGCCUGCCGAUGUGGAUGAACCUUCCUCCGGCUCUUGCAGACGGAUCUGAAGCUUGCAUGCGUAUUCGCCGUCUUGCCUUCAACUCCCGUUAUCUGCACGCGGGCCUCAAGAAACUCGGUUUCAUCAUCUAUGGACAUUCAUUCAGUCCGAUUGUUCCCCUGCUCAUCUUCAACCCUGGAAAAUUGCCCGUGUUCGUGCGUAUGAUGCGUGCGCGCCCCAUACCAAUCGUUGUCGUUGUCGUAACGUACCCCGCCACUCCGUUUGAGACGGCCCGUGCGCGGUUCUGCCCUAGCGCGUCGCACACAAAGGAGGAUAUUGAUACAGUGCUGCGGGCAUGCGAUGAGGUGGGUGGCAUUCUGGACUUGAAACAUGGUUCGGGCGAGCGGUGGGGGAUCGAUAUGGUCUGUGAGCGUGCUGUGGAGCUUGUGCACUCUGUGUGA